GUUGGCUAUAACAAAAAACUAUCCUAACUGUAGGCUGCUUUCUUAAAUAGACUCUAAAUGUGAGUAGCACACAUAAUCCAGAAGAGAUAAAUUGACAAACGGAUUGUCCUGCGUGGAGCUUUAUAUAUAUUUCAUAAAAAUUUGUUCAAAAUGCAGAAUCAUGGCAAAGAGGAAGAACACUUUCAGUUUAUGCAGCGCACAGACCGCAAGAGUCUAUACACGCAAAUUGGUUUGCUGGUGGCCAAGGCACAGCAGAUAGUGAGCGAGGAGUUGCAGGAGCGUAGCUCGCGCUUGAAGAAUAUGCUCGAGGAGGAGGAUAAGAAGUAUGAGGAGGAGUUUGCCAGCAAAGUGAAGAACCGCCUGGACGACGAGAUACGGAAUCGCCAAGAGCAACUGAAGGAGAUCAAGGAGGCGCGUGACAAACGCCACAAGGAGUUCGUCGAUGCCAAACGUAUGCAGCAGGUCAUGUUGAAUUGCUAUGAGCUCCGCGAGGCGCUGCGCCAGAAGGAUCGCGAGGACACCAGAAUCUGUCUGGAGGAACAGAUGCAGGAAAAUCAGCGUAUGAAGCGUCGCGAAUGCCAAAGAGAAAAUUAUUGGCUGCAACUCGAGCAACGUCGCUGGAAUGAGUUCGAUCGAAUGAAGAAUUGUGAGAAACACAAGCGGAAACAAGUGCAGGAACACGUAUGUCAAGUGCUGAAGGUGCAAUUAGCGGAGCAUGAAGAAGUUCGACAAAAGGAGCUCGAAGAGAAGCGUCUAGACACCAUCAAUGCGGACAAACUGAUUGAAGAACUGCGCCUGGAGGAGUUCGACCAGAAGCACAGGCAAUUGGACAAGGGAAUGCAGAAAUAUCGCAAUGAAUUACUUGAGGAAAUUCGACGCCGCAAAUGCGCAAAGAUCGCUGAAUGGGAAGCCGAUAAAGCAGAGCACGAGCAGUUCAUACGCGAAACGCAACGUCUCGAGGCAGAGGCCAAAGAGCGCAUCUGGCAAACCAAGCGUGAAUUGGGACGUGCCACACACGAGUACAUUGCCUAUGUGCGACGCAUGCGCAGCCUUGAGCUGGGCAUUGAGAAGAUGAUGGACGAUCGCACCGAUGAUCUCUACCAUAUGGACUAUUGCUGCAAGAAAAAUGUGGCCGAGCAGACGCGCCUUAAGCGCGAGGAAGCUGCGCGCUGUCAUGCGUAUCUUAAGAAGCAGAUCUGCGAGGAAAUUGAGCGGAAAAUGCGCCAGGAAGCUGAAUAUCAUGAGGACAAAAUGCCCCAAAAUCCUUUCGUCCAUCCGCCAGUUACCAAGACUAUGAUACUUUGCCAAAAGCGACAGAGAUGUUUGGAUUUAAACGCUCAAAUUGUCGAGAUGAAACGCAUCCAGGCUGAGGAGGAGCAGGCCUUCGAGAAAAAACUAUUAAAAGCUAUCGACGAUCCACAGGUGUGCAUUCAGUUAGCUGCUCAAUUUAUGGAGGAUAACAAGGACUAUCUGCCGGCGCAUCCUAAUUGGAAAAUACACGCCUGCCCCAAAGACAAAUACGUCGCCAAGCAGCCCAUGACUCAGCAGGCCUUCGAUGAACGUAUUGCCAAGGCCGGCAUAGACAGCUGUCCGUUCCCAAAGGCUGCUCGCAACGAUUGCGCUUUAAUGGCUCAGGUGUGUGACCAUGCAUCACCGGCCAAGAAAGACGAAACGGGAGCAGGAGACAGCGAGCCAAAGACUCAAAAAGAUGCAUUCAACAGCUGCAAAUGUGACAUCUGACAAUCCAUGUCAUGAACAAAUUUUAUUCUCGUGCCCGUCCAGAUAAAUACCACAAGUUAAGUUCAGUUUAAUGUUUAGUUCAAGGAUUCGAAUUGUUUUGGCCGCCAGGAACGAUUUUCUUGAGAACUUCAUGGCAGAAGCAACCAAAGCUUCACAACUUGUUGUGGUGCUUCGCUGGCUUGUUCCACGUUGCCUCUCGUAUCUGUCAGUCCGUUUAAUGACUCGCUAGCCUCCACACAAAACAAACUUGUUCAUCACUUCUCUUUUCCUGGUACUUGUCUGCACAGCUAUUUGCAGCAAGUUUAGCCAUUUGCACCUAUAGCAACUGAUUUUACUUAGCGAUGAAAUUAAUCUGCCUUGUUGGGCACGUCAUGCUUCGUUUAGACUGUUGACGCUGCAACAAUAAGCUCAACAACAACAGCAAUAUGACGCCCAGUUGACCUUAAAUAUCGAGCUAUUAUACAGCAAAGCUGUCACUGCUGCCCCUCCAAGCAGAAGAUACACACAGCCCUGAGCAACAACAUGUCACUUGUCGUCAACAAAAUGAGCAACUACAAUGUGUGAGCCGAAGGCUUUCUGGUCCUGUGACACCUAUCAAUAACAAGCCUCUUGCUGACGGGAACAACACCAGCCAAGCCAACUUUCACCUUUCAAAAUUGGGCCCCCAGAAGCCAAUAGUUGCCUUGCCACAGAUUCAAAGCAGCAACUCUGAUGUGCAAUAGAUUAACAGCUGAAGAUUGUGGCUUGGAUGCGUUAACUAUGUUCCUAUCUUAUGCUUAUAUCUUAUAGAUUACACAGCAAAUUGUCUUGCUCGUAUAAGACAUAGAUGUCUUUUAAUGAUGCUACCUCUGAUUUAGCAGAAAGUUCUGUUAUGACCAAACUUUGAAGGAGUUCCCUUAACACGUGGCUGAAUUCAAAACUAUACCAAAUUUCAGUUGUGGCUAGCCAUCGUCUUAUUCUAUUUGGGCUUUCACGCUGUUCAACGCAUUCAAAUGAUGAAUGAAAUUAAAUUUGAAUGCAGCAAUAGAAAUGCAAUUCAGAACUACGUAAACUCAGUUUGAAGAUGAAUUUGCUGCUUAGUAAAAUACUUUCUGCUACAAGUUUUCAGUUCAGGGAUUCUAAAAGAAUUGGCAUUAAAAGCCUAAGGUAUGCAAUUAAUGGAGAAAUAAAUUGGACUGUGUAAUAUAUGUGGGUUUUCUUAACUAAAUUAGAGUGUCAGAAAAAGAAAAAAAAUAUUAAGUAAAUACUGAGCUGAAGCCCCAAGUUGCAACAAUGAAGCAUAAACUACCGUACAUACAUGCUAAUGUAAUCUAUAGU